AAGAACCGCCUCCCCCUCUCUUCCCUUUGACAAUGGUCUGAACCGAGCCCUGCUUCCCAAAGCAAAAUUUGUAAUAUGCCAUUUUUCCGAUGGACCUUUCUCCUUUUGGCUGCUGACGGAGCCACGGGAAGAUGCCGAACUGCUGCCACGUUAGGAAACCAGGGCACGUUCCAAGAGAACGCUGGGGCUCGCGAGUGUCUAAGCUGUCUUUCUCCUCCCGUUGCUAGGGAAAUGGUCCAGGACUGCUGGGUGUGAGCCUCACCUCUCCUCCAGCCGCCGAGACUGCGGUUGUCAUUGACAAUUGAAGAAACAGGACCCGAAAUAAGAGACAUUAGCAAUGAUGUGUGAGGUGAUGCCCACGAUUAACGAGGACACCCCAAUGAGCCAGCGGGGUUCCCAAAGCAGUGGCUCUGACUCAGACUCCCAUUUUGAGCAACUGAUGGUCAACAUGCUGGAUGAAAGGGACCGUCUACUGGACACACUCCGAGAGACCCAGGAAAGCCUCUCGCUUGCCCAGCAAAGACUCCAGGAUGUCAUCUAUGACAGAGAUUCACUCCAGAGACAGCUCAACUCAGCCCUACCUCAGGACAUCGAAUCCCUAACAGGAGGGCUGACUGGUCCUAAGGGGGCUGAUCCACCGGAGUUUGCUGCACUAACUAAAGAGUUGAAUGCUUGCCGUGAACAACUUCUAGAAAAGGAAGAAGAGAUCUCAGAGCUGAAAGCCGAAAGAAACAACACAAGACUGUUACUGGAACACUUGGAGUGCCUUGUGUCCCGACAUGAACGGUCACUAAGAAUGACGGUGGUCAAGCGGCAAGCCCAGUCUCCCUCUGGAGUGUCCAGUGAAGUGGAGGUUCUCAAGGCACUGAAAUCUUUGUUUGAACACCACAAAGCCUUGGAUGAAAAGGUAAGGGAGCGACUGAGGGUUUCUUUAGAGAGAGCCUCUGCACUGGAAGAGGAACUAGCUGCAGCUAAUCAGGAGAUUGUUGCCUUGCGUGAGCAAAAUGUUCAUAUUCAAAGGAAAAUGGUAUCAAGUGAGGGGUCCACAGAGUCAGAGCAUCUUGAAGGGAUGGAACCAGGCCAGAAAGUUCAUGAAAAGCGACUAUCCAAUGGCUCCAUAGAUUCGACAGAUGACACCAGCCAGAUCGUCGAGCUGCAAGAAUUGCUUGACAAGCAAAACUAUGAAAUGGCCCAAAUGAAAGAACGCUUAACAGCUCUCUCUUCCCGGGUGGGAGAGGUGGAACAAGAAGCAGAGACAGCAAGAAAGGACCUCAUUAAAACAGAAGAAAUGAACACAAAAUAUCAAAGGGACAUCCGAGAGUGUUAUUUACAGGCCAUGGCUCAGAAGGAAGAUAUGGAAGAAAGAAUCACAACCCUGGAGAAGCGUUACCUGAGUGCUCAAAGAGAAUCUACCUCCAUUCAUGAUAUGAACGAUAAAUUAGAAAAUGAAUUGGCGAACAAGGAAGCCAUCUUGCGGCAGAUGGAAGAAAAAAACAGGCAAUUACAAGAGCGUCUUGAACUGGCUGAGCAAAAGUUGCAGCAGACCAUGAGAAAAGCUGAAACUUUACCUGAAGUAGAGGCUGAACUUGCUCAGAGAAUUGCAGCCCUAACAAAGGCUGAAGAGAGGCAUGGAAAUAUUGAAGAACGUAUGAGACACCUCGAGGGUCAACUUGAAGAGAAGAAUCAAGAACUUCAAAGAGCGAGACAAAGGGAGAAAAUGAAUGAAGAGCAUAAUAAGAGAUUAUCUGAUACUGUGGACAGGCUUCUGACGGAAUCCAAUGAGCGCCUGCAACUACACCUGAAGGAAAGGAUGGCUGCUUUGGAAGAGAAGAAUGUUUUGAUUCAAGAAUCAGAAACCUUCAGAAAAAAUCUUGAAGAGUCCUUACAUGAUAAGGAAAGAUUAGCAGAGGAAAUUGAGAAGCUGAGGUCUGAACUUGACCAAAUGAAAAUGAGAACAGGUUCUCUAAUUGAACCGACUAUAUCAAGAACUCAUAUAGACACCUCCACUGAGUUGCGGUAUUCAGUUGGGUCCCUCGUAGACAGCCAGUCUGAUUACAGAACCACUAAAGUAAUACGAAGACCAAGGAGAGGCCGCAUGGGUGUGCGAAGAGAUGAACCAAAGGUGAAAUCCCUUGGGGAUCAUGAGUGGAACAGAACUCAGCAAAUUGGAGUACUAGGAAGCCACCCAUUCGAAAGUGACACGGAAAUGUCUGAUAUUGAUGAUGAUGACAGAGAAACAAUUUUUAGCUCAAUGGAUCUUCUCUCUCCAAGUGGUCAUUCUGAUGCCCAGACUCUAGCUAUGAUGCUUCAAGAACAAUUGGAUGCAAUCAACAAAGAAAUAAGGCUAAUUCAAGAAGAAAAGGAAUCUACAGAAUUGCGUGCUGAAGAAAUUGAGAAUAGGGUGGCUAGUGUCAGCUUAGAAGGGCUGAACUUGGCGAGGGUCCAUCCAGGUACCUCCAUCACUGCCUCUGUUACAGCUUCAUCACUGGCCAGUUCAUCUCCCCCAAGUGGACACUCAACGCCAAAGCUUACACCAAGAAGCCCUGCCAGGGAAAUGGACCGCAUGGGAGUCAUGACCCUGCCAAGUGAUCUAAGGAAACAUCGAAGAAAGAUUGCAGUGGUGGAAGAAGAUGGACGGGAGGAUAAAGCGACAAUUAAAUGUGAGACUUCUCCUCCCCCAACACCCAGAGCUGUCAGAAUGACUCACACCUUACCUUCUUCCUACCACAAUGAUGCCCGGAGUUUAUCUGCCUCUCUUGAGCCAGACAGCCUUGGGCUUGGCAGUGCCAAUAGCAGCCAAGAUUCUCUCCACAAAGCCCCCAAGAAGAAAGGAAUCAAGUCUUCAAUUGGGCGCUUAUUUGGUAAAAAAGAGAAGGCUCGACUCGGGCAGCUUCGAGGCUUCAUAGAGACGGAAGCUGCAGCACAGGAAUCCCUGGGCUUAGGCAAACUGGGAACUCAAGCUGAAAAGGACAGAAGGCUGAAGAAAAACACAUCGGGGCACGAACUUCUAGAAGAAGCUCGUAGAAAAGGAUUACCCUUUGCCCAGUGGGAUGGGCCCACCGUGGUUGCGUGGCUGGAGCUCUGGCUGGGAAUGCCUGCUUGGUACGUGGCAGCAUGCAGAGCCAACGUGAAAAGUGGUGCCAUAAUGUCAGCUUUAUCGGACACCGAAAUCCAAAGGGAGAUUGGAAUCAGCAACCCUCUGCAUCGCUUAAAGCUCAGGCUAGCGAUCCAGGAGAUGGUUUCCCUCACCAGCCCUUCAGCUCCUCCGACAUCGCGUACUCCUUCAGGCAAUGUGUGGGUGACCCAUGAAGAAAUGGAAAAUCUGGCAGCUCCAGCAAAAACGAAAGAAUCUGAGGAAGGAAGCUGGGCCCAGUGUCCGGUUUUUCUACAGACCCUGGCUUAUGGAGAUAUGAACCAUGAGUGGAUUGGAAAUGAAUGGCUUCCCAGCCUGGGGUUACCUCAAUACAGAAGUUACUUUAUGGAAUGCUUGGUUGAUGCAAGAAUGUUAGAUCACCUCACCAAAAAGGAUCUUCGUGUCCAUUUAAAAAUGGUGGAUAGUUUCCAUAGAACAAGUUUACAGUAUGGAAUUAUGUGCUUGAAAAGAUUGAAUUAUGAUAGAAAAGAACUAGAGAGAAGACGAGAAGCAAGUCAACAUGAAAUAAAAGAUGUUUUAGUGUGGAGCAAUGAUCGAGUUAUUCGCUGGAUACAAGCGAUUGGACUUCGGGAAUAUGCAAACAAUAUUCUUGAGAGUGGAGUGCAUGGUUCACUUAUAGCCCUGGAUGAGAACUUUGACUACAGCAGCUUAGCUCUAUUGUUGCAGAUUCCAACACAGAACACCCAGGCAAGGCAGAUUCUUGAACGUGAGUACAACAACCUCUUGGCCCUGGGAACUGAGCGGAGACUGGAUGAAAGCGACGACAAGAAUUUCAGACGAGGAUCAACCUGGCGAAGGCAGUUUCCUCCUCGUGAAGUUCAUGGAAUCAGCAUGAUGCCUGGGUCCUCAGAAACAUUACCAGCUGGAUUCAGGUUGACCACAACGUCUGGGCAGUCCAGGAAAAUGACGACAGACGUUGCUUCAUCAAGACUGCAGAGGUUAGACAACUCCACUGUUCGCACAUACUCAUGUUGACAAGUCACUCAAAGGAGGCAGCACUGACCUGCUAUGUCAUCUUUUCAGUCUACACGACCUAAAGUGCACUACUGCCUAGGAAGACAAACGGAGAAGCCUUUGUGAAGACUGAAUCCUAAGGGAAUAAUAUAAGUAACAGUUUACCAAACAUUAAAUAUGUGACUCUGGGGGGGAGUUGGGUAUUGAGUCUGAUUAGUUUACUAUGAUUGUAAUAAAAAUGCUUAAGUCAUUUGAUAUAAGAGCAUCAUCCACGUCAUAACUUCUGUACGUCUGAUGCCUUUAUGAGAUGGAACCACUUGUUUUUUUCAUGUUGUAAUAUAAUAGGCAUUUAUGUAUUGCUGUGUACCAUUUCUUUUUAAAUGUGUAAGUCCUCUGUAAAUGGAUAUAAAUAUGAUUUUUUUAAAAAAAUAAAAUAUAUGGUUCAUGGAGUCUUGAGUGCAAACAUUGAACAAUUCCAAGUACUGUUUGUAUUUUACCAUUCCUCCAUUUAUACAGUUUUUUGAAUUGUAACAGUCAAUCAAUAUGUUCCUUAGAAGUGUGUUUCAUGCUUCGACAUGCUUCUCCUUCAAGUCUGUCAAACCUUAAAGCUGAACACCUGCCUCUGAUCAUGUGAUUUAACCUGGAGCCCAAAAUGACCUUUAAAGGCAAUCAGGGAUGUGACACUCUCUCUCUCUCUCUCCUUACAGAAGCACUGUGAUGGCUCAACCUGUUUCAAAAGAAAACAAAGCCAAACUGUUUACAAGAGUCAAAUGCAAUGAUUUUAACAAUUUAUAUUAUGAAAACCAUUACCUAAUUUUGUUGCCUGUGGACCAAGAAACACGCACACACACAAACACAUACACACACACAUGCACACACACACACACACACACACACACACACACACACACACACACUUGACUAAAAACUACAUGUUCAUUCAAAUAGCCUGAACUUCCAGCCAACACUGGACAGUGAAUGUCAACCAUUGUAGAGUCUGAGGUCUAUUUCCACUGGGGUGUGGGCUGGAGGGGCAGAACCCCAUAACCAACCCCUCCUUUUAAAAUCACUGUUAACAGGGCAUUAGCCAGACUCAAGUCUGUUAUUAGAAGCCUUUAGCUGAAAUAACCAUUUUUUGUGACUUCCCUGAAUUCACUUUCAUCAGAGGAAAUAAAGACAGAAUGAUUAACGUAUAUAGUGUAUAAAAGGUAAAGAUGAGUAACCUCUUCCUUGUGGCUUUAUUCGGUGGUGUCACUGUUGUUUAUUCUUUAUUGAUAUGGGAGAUUUCAAAGUGGAACCUAUUUAAUAAUACCAUUGAUCUAACUGCUGUUUUCCUGCUGCUUGGUCUUAAUGCAAGACCCGUCAUUAGUAAAUUAUUAUUAAUUUUUUUUGUAUUUUAAUUCAUUAUAUUUGCACGUACAUUUGUUUCGAUGUCUAUUUUUGUUGAACAGAUUCAAUCAAAAGGUAAUGGCAACAGAAACCCUCUUCAUUAUCAAUAAAACAAAAAAAUGCCUCCAGUUUCCUGCUUAAGCUUUGUUAUCUGGUAGCCUGACAUUUAACGAUUUAUUCCAAUCACCAAGAAAAGCAUUCAACAAUUUCAAA